UUGUAACACUGUGUUAUCUUUCAAGUUCAAAUUUAUCUCCAAGUCAAGGUUGUGUUUUCAGUAUCUAUGGAUCAUGUUUUCCCCCGAAGGAUUUCUAAAUGUUUAAUCCCUGUGGCGUCCGCAGGUCACCCAGAUACAUCGAUUCGCCUUCGAUGCGGCGUCGGCGGCGUCGUCAAGCCAAACAGAAGCGGAAGCGGCAGUGAGGCGGCAACUGGCAAAGCAACCAGUCAUCCACUGGCGACGACCAGGAAGAGGACGAGGACAAGCACGAGGAGAACGAGGACAACUCUUGUUUAUUUGAUUAAUAUGCAGAGGAUUUAAUUAGAAAGUGGAACGGUUAGAACUGGAGGAGCAGGGGAGAAUGCGACCCAUUUGGGAGUCGGCCAGCAGGCCGCUUUUCGUGCGUUCCGUGUGGCGGGAGGCGAUCGGGAGACGCCACUUCAUCCUCGACUACGAGCCGCGUCAGAGGCAGCGUUGGAAGCGCCAAAAGACGAGGUUGAAAGCCACCUAUCAGCAGACGCAAUCCUGCGAAAUCUACCAAGAGUCCACUGAGGGCAGUGUCGAGUAUCUGGACGAGUAUCUUCUGCUGGACGCCACCAAGCUGACGCUGCAACAGCAACAGUCCUUGCCCCAAAUGGGCGGUCAGAGCAGGCAGGGACAAGGUGUCGCCACGACAGGAUCAGGCCGGGAGCAUCGGCAUCAUAGCAAUCGCCAUUCCAAGAGACGGGCCUGGUUGCUAAGCCGAGGACGCACCUACAACCUGGACCAUCAUCUGACGGAGAAUCCCUCCCGGCGCAGUUCUCUGCAAGAUGCCAGCAGUGUCCUGCCCAGCACGGCCAACAAUCCCGAAGAGCGUCUGGCGGAGAGAGUUCUCCAUUGGCUGGAUUUGGCUGGACGCACGGAUAUAGUGAAGGCAGCCGUUGAACCCCCAGUGCCUCCUGCCACAAGCAGUGCCCAGUUGGCCAGAUCGGCUCAAAGGAUGCAGAGGAACCAUCAUCGCAGUCUGAGCCUCAAACGGGUGGCCGCGUCGGCUGUGAAUCAUCACCAGCGAUCGGUGGCCGUCAGGAAGCCCAGUGCCAAGCCAGCUCCUGCCCAGCCGGUGGCCACCAACUCGACUGCAUCCACCUCCGCCUCCAAUGCCAAGCCCAUAACCAUUAUUUUCAACAAAGAGGGCGUGCCCGUCCGCCUCAAUCGACCCGCCCGGAAUAUCGAUCUGUGCGCCUUGAGCAGCAGUGCCAGUACCACGAGGAGAUUGGCCGGGCAACUGGCCUCGGUUCGCCUGUACAGUGGAGCCUCGGCCUCGCCGCUGCCGGAGGAGACACGUACCCCGCCGCUCAGUAGCCGGGGCUUGGCUACCGCCGCCGCGGAUAGCCGGAAGCAGUUGCACAUCUUCAUGCCCAGUCUGCCCAAGAAGGGUCUGCUGGGAACAGAGUCCGUCAGUGGUAGUGGCAUUGGUUGCUCUGGCGAGGAUGCCCUGAGCACCAGCUUCAGUGAGCUCUGUCAGCUUUAGUGGAAAGUUUAGUCCUCUCUUUUGUUAAAAAUUAUUCAAAAAUAAAAAAUAGUUGAAAGUAUCCUUCAAGUUACUAAAAAUGUAAUAUUUUAUCUAUUUAAUUAAAUAUGUUUUAACUGAAUUUAUUCCAAGAUUAAAAGCUUUGUCUUUCUUUUUUAAUUACCAAAAGUUCAAUGACACUUAUGUGGUUCCUACUACUCCUAUUAUCCUCGAGUGUCCUUACAAAAGUCCCUAACUUUGUGCUAAGUUUGCCACACGCGUUUUAUUUGAAGGCCACAAGUUGAAAUAUUCAUAAAGUCACAAAAAAUUAUAUAUAAUUAAAGGUACGGCAGAAAUUAGAUAGAAAGAAACCACCUUUUGAUCUAUUAAUAUUCCUAAAACUUCUUGGCCUCAUACCAUAUUUAUUAUAAUUAGUUAAGCCUUUUAGAAAAUUGUAUAAAAUGUUUAAUGCUCUGCAAAUAUAUUUAAAAUAACUUGACAUACUUAAUUUGACAAGGAUUUAAAUAUAAUGAUUUUUGAAGCAAAUCUUAAAUAAAAGUUGUCAUUUUGCAAAGAAUCCCAUGAAUUUUAAGAAGCUUUCUUUAGAAUUAUGUCGCAAAGAACUACGGGCUUAUGGUUUUAAAUUAUUCAAGACCUAUACAUAUAUUUAAGUUAAAUAUAUUUCUCUUCAAAACUCGUAUAUACCCCUUAUCCUUUGUAGUGUAUUUAUUGUCCUUUGGAGGACUACUUAUUAAUAUCGUACAAUCUUUUCUUGGGUUUAUUGAUUUUCGUUUUUGUUUCGUUGCCAUUGAAAGUUUCUUUUGUUUUUUUUUUGGUGAGUUUAUUUUUGGAUUACUCCACAAAAAGAAGAACAAGUUGGCGGAAUGUGCCACGCCCCUUUUCUUUUGUUUUGAUUUUGGUUGUUGAUUUUAAGGUUUUUUCUGUUUAGGAUUUUUUUUUUGUGGGUGGGGUUACCAAGUGAAAGGAGCGUAAUCAAUGUAAUUGUGGAUAUAUUGCAUGUUUGCCAAAAGAAGAAAGUUUGUGUUAAAGUUUUUACCUUAAUGAGUGUGGCAAUUUAGGCAUGAAAUUAUAAGGAUAUUUUCUUUAUAAAAUAAAGACUUUAAAGGAAGUCCUUUUAGGCAAAAAAGUAACUUUGAGUUUCUAGAACUAUUCCCUGGCAACUAUUUUAUUUUUUACAGACGAAACGUAAACAGCCGUAAAGUAAUUAUGGACAUUACAUAUCCAUCAGGAUAAUGGGACAACAAACUGUCAACCGUUGCGAGGGAGAUUCCUUGGAUAUCCAUCAAGCGGCAUGCCAUGCCAUGCAACACUGCCGCCUGCCACACGUGGCAAGUUGUCAUAGUCAUCGUGUUAUAUUCUAUGACUGACGCGUCGCGGCAUUUAGAUUCGUUUUCAAUAUCUAUUCGUAAUAUAACCAAAGUAUG